AUGGGGGAUUUGUUCAACCAAAGCUUGGACGGAGUGACGUUGCCUGAGAGCUUGCAGAACUUGACCUUCGGCUUCUGCUUUAAUCACAGCCUGCUGGGAGUGAGCUUGCCCGCAGCCCUACGGAGCUUGACCUUUGGCGACGAUUUUAACCAAAGAUUGCACGGAGUGAAUUUGCCCAGCGGGCUUCAGAGCCUCACCUUCGGAGAUUUGUUCAACCAGCAGCUGGAGGGCGUGACUCUGCCAAGCGCCAUGCAGAUUCUGACAUUUGGGGAUCACUUUGAUCAGAGCCUGCGAGGCGUAAAUCUGCCCAACGCCCUGCAAGCCCUCUCGUUUGGCCGGAGGUUCAAUCAAAGCCUACAGGAAGUGACACUGCCUCAUUGCCUGCAGAGCUUGAGCUUUGGCAAUGAGUUCAUCCAAAGCUUGGCCGAAGCGAGUCUUCCAGACACGCUGAGGAGCCUAAAAAUUGGUUGUGACUACCACAAGACGGCCACAGGAGCAAGCUUGUCUGUGACCAGCCUAACCUUUGGCCUUUGGUUCAAUCAAAGUUUGCAAGGAGUAAGCCUGCCAAGCAGCCUGCAGAGCAUCACUUUUGGUAAGGGCUUCAACCAAACGUUGCGAGGCGUGGGCCUGCCAAGCACCCUGCAGAGCCUGACAUUUGGCCAUGAGUUUAACAUGAGCUUGCUCGGAGCGGAUUUGCCCAGCAGCCUGCAGAGCCUAACAUUUGGCCACAACUUCAACCAAGGCAUGCAGGUGACGCUUCCAAAAGCCCUGCAAAGCCUUGCCUUUGGCAGUCAGUUCAACCACAGUCUGCAAGGCGUCGAUCUGUCCAACCUGCAGAGCCUAAGCUUUGGCCACGAAUAUGACCAAAGCUUGCAGGGAGUGAGUCUGCCCAGCCUGCAGAGCCUGACCUUUGGAGACUUAUACAACCAACCCUUGCAAGGGGUGCAUCUGCCCAAUCUGCAAACACUGAGAUUUGGGGAUCGCUUCAAUCAGCCUUUGACGGAACCUCCGGGGUCCUUGCAGAGUCUUUCAUUUGGCCACGACUUCAACCAACCAUUGGGACUGAAUCUGCCCAGCAGCCUGCAGAGCCUAGUGCUUGGCGCAGGAUUCGACCAGAGACUGGGA